CAAAAGGCAAGGUAAACCCCGUCCGUCGUCGCCCCCUGACGUCUCAGUCCUCCUCUCCUCCCUUACCCAUCCCUCCCCCUCUUUCUCUUCACCGCACCGAGCCACACCUCCAUCCCGGCCUUGUCCUCUCCUGGCCCGACCCAUCCCACUCACCCUAAGCGCGGCGACGAGUCCGGCGGCCGGCCCUUGGUGACCACGGAAUUCGGCACGAGCGCUCCCUCAGCGCUCUCUCCGGUUUUCAUUUCCAUCCCUCGCCUUGGGUGCGGGGUCUCUGCACCAACCCAAGGACUCAUAGGUCUUGUGGCUUCGUCCUGUAGAGAUAAUAUGGUUGAGUGCACAAUGGUGUCAACCUUACUCGAUGGUCUUCCUAAUGAAGUUGCUCUCCAGUGCCUUGCUCGUGUCCCAUUUGUAUUCCAUCCUGUUCUCCAGCUGGUUUGCCGCUCUUGGAGGGCAUCCGUUUGCAGUGGUGAGCUUCUCAAUGUUCGGAAUCAGAUUGGUGCGGCAGAAGAAUUGCUAUGUGUGUUAGCAUUUGAACCUGAAAAUGUUUGGCAACUUUAUGAUCCUCUCCGGGACAAGUGGAUAACUCUGCCUAUCAUGCCGUCUCAGAUUAGGAAUAUUGCCCGUUUUGGAGUGGCAUCAGUUGCUGGCAGACUCUAUGUAAUUGGUGGUGGCAGUGAUAGAGUCGAUCCUCUUACAGGAGACCAUGACACAAUCUUUGCGAGCAAUGAGGUUUGGUCUUAUGAUCCUCUCCACCGUUUGUGGACACAAAGGGCUCCAAUGCUUGUAGCUCGAGCUAUGUUUGCUUGCUGUGCAUUGGAUGGGAAGAUAAUUGUUGCAGGGGGCUUGACAAACUGCCGCAAAUCGAUAUCGGAGGCUGAGAUUUAUGAUCCUGAAGCUGACACAUGGGAGUCCCUCCCUGACCUCCAUCAUGCACACCCGUCCGCAUGCUCUGGUCUUGUCAUCAAGGAUAAGAUGCAUGUGUUUCAUAAAGGUAUAUCAACAGUUCAGAUUCUGGAAGAUGGCGGCGGUUAUUGGGCAGUUGAGGACUGCUCUUGGCUGCAAGGCCCAAUGGCAAUGGUUGGUGGGGAGCUUUAUGUGCUGAGCAACAGUUGCAUUAUGAAGCAGCGUGGGGAGAAUUUCUCUGAUAAGAUGGUUCCUUGUGCGUCUGGAUUCCAAAGCAGAAUUGGUUUUGGGAUGAUUGGUUUAAGAGACAGCAUAUGUUUGUUUGGGGGAGUGAUCGGGCCUGGGCCGAGAAAUCAGUGCAUUAAGCCACUAUCUGAUCUUGAUAUCUUGAAUGUCACAAGUGAGAGGCCAACUUGGCGACCAGGAUCACCAAUGACGCGUUGUCGAGGGAGUAUCACAGGCUGCGCUCUCCUGAGGAUUUAGGCUUAUAUUGCUGUUGUUAAGAAGACUGCAGAUGACUUUUAUUUGUUCUGCAUUUCACUUAUUUUGGAAGAUUAUUAAUUAUGCUUAUUAGAUUUGGGUCAACUAUUGUAGCGCUGAGGAUAUAUGUUGAUCCUGAAUCAAGUGUCAAAAUUGUUAAUCAGAUAUACUACUCCCUCCGAUCGGAAUUACUUGACCAAAUAUUACAUGUAUCUAAACGCUUUCUACACAUAGAUACAUCCGUAUUUGGGCAAAUUUGAGACAAGUAAUACCGAUCGGAGGAAGUAGUAUAUUUAUUAUGAAUGUGGAGCCAAACAUAUGACAUACUCCCUCUGUCCCAUAUUAAGUGACUCAAAUUUGAUCAAAUAUGAAUGUAUACAUGUAAUAUUUCGUCAGUUAACAUGGGACGGAGGGAGUAUUUGUUACUAUGCUUGAUGCUAUCUUUGUUUGUUGGAAUCUUUUUUUUUCUUUGAACUUCUCCAUGUAUUUCUAAACUUGAACUUGUGCUAUAAGGUUAGGGACAGGAAGUGCAAUUAACUGCUCUUUGGUAAC